UUGUCUCCAUGUCACACUCACACUCAACCAGAAAGUGUGUGUGUCAACACUGUCUUGUGUGAUAGAACUUAGAAGUGAACAAGGGCAAUUGUAUGUAAAACAUUGUACAUACAGUCUACAGAGAAUGACUAUGAGUGACAUGAAAAUGAAAACAGAGCUAAUCUUCAUUCCUUUACCAGCGAGUGGUCACAUGGCCUCAGCCCUUGAACUUGCUCAGCUCUUAAUCAACCUUAAUAACAAUCUUUCCAUCACAAUCCUCUGCAGCAAGUUCCCUAAUGCUCCUUCACACUCACUCAACAGAUCAAUUUAUGCUUCACAACCUCAGAUCAAACUAAUUGAUCUCCCUGAAGUAGAACCACCAUCACAAGAGUUGGUGAAAUCUGUUGAGCACUACAUCUUGACCUUCAUAGAGAGCCUUGUACCCCAUGUGAAAGCCACUAUUCAAAACAUUUUUUCAUCUGACUCUGAUCAGAACCCAGUUGUGGGGUUGGUACUAGAUUUCUUCUCUGUUCCCAUGAUUGAUGUAGGAAAUGAAUUGGGUAUCCCUUCUUAUUUGUUCAUGACAACAAAUGUUGGACUUUUGGGUCUCAUGCUUUACCUUCAGAAACGUCAAAUUGAGGAUGUGUUCAGUGAUUCUGAUCCUGAGUUGUUGAUUCCGGGUUUCCCCACUCCAUUUCCUCAAAGUGUUCUACCUAAUGGAUUUUUUAACAAAGAUGGUGGAUAUGUUGCUUAUUACAAGCUUGCUGAGAGGUUCAGAGAAACCAGAGGGAUUAUUGUUAACACUUUUUCUGAGUUGGAGCAUGAUGUUAUUGAUGCAUUAUCUGAUGGUCAUACUCCUCCAAUCUAUGCUAUUGGUCCUGUGAUUGACCUUAAAGGUCAUCCAAACCUAAGUUUGGACCAAGCCAAGCAUGACCUUAUCUUGAAUUGGCUUGAUAAGCAGCCAGAUUCCUCUGUUGUUUUUCUCUGUUUUGGGAGUUGGGGAACCUUUGAUCCAUCUCAAACAAGAGAAAUAGCACUAGGACUUCAAAGGAGUGGCAUCAGAUUCUUGUGGGCUUUGCGUUUUCCGCCAACCGCAGAUACUGAAGAGAAAAUUUUACCAGAAGGGUUCUUAUUAUGGAUGGAACAGGAAGGUAGAGGGAUGAUGUGUGAAUGGGCACCCCAGGUGGAGGUUCUGGCUCACAAAGCCAUUGGUGGGUUUAUGUCUCAUUGUGGUUGGAAUUCCAUCUUGGAAAGCUUUUGGUUUGGGGUACCAAUAUUGACAUUGCCUAUGUAUGCAGAACAACAGCUUAAUGCUUUUAGGAUGGUGAGGGAAUGGGGAUUAUCAAUGGAGCUUAGAGUGGAUUAUAGAAAAGGUAGUAGUUCUCUUGUAAUGGCAGAGGAGAUAGAGAAAGGGCUAAAACACUUGAUGGACAGAGAUAAUGUAGUGCACAAGAAGGUGCAAGAGAUGAAAGAGAUGGCCAGGAAAGCUGUCCUUAGUGGUGGAUCUUCAUUCAUAUCUAUUAGGAAACUUGUUGAUGAUAUGAUGAGCAGCUAGCAACUGAUGGUUUGCUUCGUAGAUGUAGUGAACAGUUCCUUAGAAUCAUUGAAUAAAGAUGCUAUAUCAUGUCUGUAAUUAUAGCAUAUAUAAGCAUGUAUCUAUUUCCAUAAGCAAAGGCUAUAUCAUUCUAGUGAAGCUGAAAAUUGAAUAGUUGUGGACUUGUGGUUUGUGUAUGUAAAAUUUACUUAAGCAGUUGUGGUUAAUCUUUCUGUUAUGCUUCUCUCAUGUAUUUGCUCAUGACACUAUGUAUUCCCAUUUCAACUUAUGAAACAAAACGGAAUACCUCAAUCAA